AUGGUUUUUGUUACUCGUAUAAACUGUGCACGGUCUUUGUGGAAGGGGCCUAAUAUUGCUUCUUUUUCCAUGUCUUUAUCUAAAGCAUCAAAAAAUUCACCGCCGAUCAAAACUCAAGAAAGAUCCUGUACAAUUCUUCCUAGUUUCGUUGGUUUGCGUUUUUUGGUUCAUAAUGGAAAGAAUUAUGUGAAUGUCCUUGUAACAGAAGAAAUGGUUGGUCACAAGCUUGGAGAGUUUUCACCAACACGGAAAAAGUUUACAUAUAGACAUACAAAAAAUAAGUGA